GUCGUGGGUUCCCGAAACUGCUCAGCCGACCGCCUCCCCUGGCCAGGGCCAGACCCCGGAGCCCCACGGUCCCGGGCGGCCUGCUUUACCGGCGUUUCCUUCUGGAAGCGUGGGAAGCCCACGUGCUCAGGGGUGGGCACAGUUGCUGUGCGGCUCCCGCGGGUGCUAAGCCAACCCCCAGACUCACACCCGGACGGCUGGCAGCUCCUAGUCCUCCGCACUGGGCCCGGGUGCCGGACAAAGGCCACCCCGACCCUGCCGGCUGCAGGUGGCAGCCACUGGCCGUGACGGAGGCUGACGGCUGGGAGCAAGCCACCCUCCGGGCUGGGUGCAGAAAAGAUGUCCCAGCCGACCUCCACAGAUGAGGGGGCCACAUUCGAGCAUCUCUGGAGCUCCCUGGAACCAGACAGCACCUACUUUGACCUUCCCCAGUCCAGCCAAGGAAACAACGAGGUGGUGGGCGGCCCAGAGGCUGGCAUGGACGUCUACCACCUGCAGGGCAUGACCACGCCUGUCAUGUCCCAGUUCAAUCUGCUGAGCAGCACCAUGGACCAGAUGAGCGGCCGCGCGGCCUCGGCCAGCCCCUACACCCCGGAGCACACGGCCAGUGUGCCCACCCACUCGCCCUACGCGCAGCCCAGCUCCACCUUCGACACCAUGUCGCCCGCACCAGCCAUCCCCUCCAACACCGACUACCCCGGCCCCCACCACUUUGACGUCACCUUCCAGCAGUCCAGCACGGCCAAGUCAGCCACCUGGACGGGCACGGUACCUCCAGAUCCUGAGAGUCCCAGGCUCCUGCUCUCUUGUGUGGGACCUGGCUCUACGAUGUGGUGGGACAGGCUGACUGGCUCCCGAGGGGUGUCCCCGCCAGCGCCACACCCACCUCUCCAGUACUCCCCACUGCUGAAGAAGCUCUACUGCCAGAUCGCCAAGACCUGCCCCAUCCAGAUCAAGGUGUCCACCCCGCCGCCCCCGGGCACCAUCAUCCGGGCCAUGCCCGUCUACAAGAAGGCGGAGCACGUGACCGAGGUCGUGAAGCGCUGCCCCAACCAUGAGCUCGGGCGGGACUUCAACGAGGGACAGUCUGCUCCGGCCAGCCACCUCAUCCGCGUGGAGGGCAACAGCCUCUCCCAGUACGUGGACGACCCCGUCACGGGCAGGCAGAGCGUCAUGGUUCCCUACGAGCCCCCGCAGGUGGGGACAGAAUUCACGACCAUCCUGUACAACUUCAUGUGCAACAGCAGCUGUGUGGGGGGCAUGAACCGACGACCCAUCCUCAUCAUCAUCACGCUGGAGACCCGGGACGGACAGGUGCUGGGCCGCCGGUCCUUCGAGGGCCGCAUCUGCGCCUGUCCUGGCCGAGACCGCAAGGCUGACGAAGACCACUUCCGGGAGCAGCAGGCCCUGAGCGAGAGCACCACCAAGAACGGCGCCACCAGCAAGCGCGCCUUUAAACAGAGCCCCCCUGCCGUCCCUGCCCUGGGCACCAACGUGAAGAAGAGGAGGCAGGGGGACGAGGACAUGUACUACAUGCACGUGCGGGGCCGGGAGAACUUCGAGAUCCUGAUGAAGGUGAAGGAGAGCCUGGAGCUGACGGAGCUGGUUCCGCAGCAGCUGGUGGACGCGUAUCGGCAGCAACAGCAGCUUCUGCCUCGGCCGAGCCACCUGCAGCCAGCGCCCUAUGGGCCCGUCCUGUCACCCAUGAACAAAGCGCACGGAGGCGUCAACAAGCUGCCCUCCGUCAACCAGCUGGUGGGUCAGCCGCCCCCGCACGGCUCAGCGGCCGGGCCCAACCUGGGGCCCAUGGGCCCCGGGAUUCUCAACAACCAUGGCCACACCCUGCCGACCGACAGUGAGAUGAAUGGCAGCCACAGUGCCCAGUCCAUGGUCUCGGGGUCCCACUGCACCCCACCACCCCCCUACCACGCUGACCCCAGUCUGGUCAGUUUCCUGACGGGACUGGGGUGUCCGAACUGCAUUGAGUACUUCACGUCCCAGGGCCUGCAGAGCGUCUACCACCUGCAGAACCUCACCGUCGAGGAUCUCGGCGCCCUGAAGAUCCCGGACCAGUACCGCAUGACCAUCUGGAGGGGCCUGCAGGCCCUGAAGCAGAGCCACGACUGCGGCGCCCAGCAGCUGAUCCGCUCUAGCAGCAACGCCUCCGCCAUCUCCAUCGGCAGCUCCGGGGAGCUGCAGCGGCAGCGGGUCAUGGAGGCCGUGCACUUCCGCGUGCGCCACACCAUCACCAUCCCCAACCGCGGGGGCCCGGGCGGGGGCGCGGGGCCUGACGAGUGGGCCGACUUUGGCUUCGACCUCCCGGACUGCAAGUCCCGAAAACAGUCCAUCAAAGAGGAGUUCACGGAGAGCGAGAUUCACUGAGGAGCCGGGCUCUGCAGGAGGGCGGGCGCCCGCCGAGGGCACAGCGCAGGGCCAGCGGCGGCCCUGGCCUGGACUCCCCGGGAAGCCUGGCUUUGUCUCCUCUUGCUUUUGUCCAAGACUGCCUGUGGAGGCCGGCCCGCAGGAAAGGACGAGGCCCACCCCGCAGCACCCUGGACAGCGGGCGUGACGUGCCGGGGCGGGACCUGUGCCCUGGGUGCUCCCGAGGGCUGGCGUCACCCACCAUGGGCCUCGUCCUCCUUAGGGCUCUGCGGCUCCCCAGCGGGAUCCUUCAGGACACGAGGAUCCCCUCUGCUGAUGGACUGCCAAAGUAUUUUUCGAUGUCUUUUGAGCGGCUCCAGGAUUGUAUCUAAAACGUGUUUAUUUUGGGUCGAUGCUUCAGACCCUGUCUCUGCCCAAGGCUGGGUCCCUCUGCCAGACUGGAGUGUCAGUCUGUCCCUCGCUCUUCAAACCAGCUACCUUCCACCUCCUGCCCAAAGAGGAAAACCAGAAC